CGCCGCCCGGCGUUGCGACGCUCUCCGCAGAGAAACACACAGCCUCUCCUGCUGCUCCUGCCCGCGUCAGUCGUCGAUGGGCACUGCGGCGCGCGGCCCGCCCGAGCACACGUAACAUACGCAACACGCGCACGCAAACAACUUCCGUGUCUAGUCUUCCCGCGAAUUUAUUCGCUUACCAAAUAAACAAGUACAAAGAAACAAACAGCAAUCAAUCAAGAUGGAUCCAGAGGCCUUCCUAGACAUCGCCAACCAGGUGGUGAAACUGAAAAUGUUUCCCUACUUCGACAUUGCGCACUGCGUCCUGUGCGCUCUGCACGUAAGGGAGGAUCUCGGCGCCGGAGCCACACAAUUCUCUCGUAAACAUCCGCUAGCAUGCUGGUUAUCCUAUAUGCUUGUGGUGUUCGCUGGUGGUAUGGUUGCGAGCGCCCUUUUGGCUGAGCCCAUUCUCGCCCCUUUGAAAAACACCCCACAACUGAUUGUUGCUACUCUAGUAUGGUAUGUUGUAUUCUACACUCCAUUUGAUAUCGGCUACAAGGUCUCAAAAUUCCUCCCAGUGAAGAUUGUGUGCUCGGCAAUGAAGGAAAUCUACCGUUGUAAAAAGGUCUACGAUGGUGUGACGCACGCCGCUAAACUGUACCCAAAUGCCUAUCUGAUAAUGAUCAUCAUCGGUACGCUGAAGGGCAACGGCGCUGGGUUCACGCGUCUCAUCGAGCGACUCAUCCGCGGCGUAUGGACACCCACCGCAAUGGAGUUUAUGCAGCCGAGCUUCUACACCAAGUCCUGCAUUGUAGCUUCAAUCAUAUUCAUCCUCGACAAAAAGACCGAAUUCAUCUCGGCUCCACACGCGCUCGUGUACUUUGGCAUUGUCAUCUUCUUCGUCUACUUUAAACUGUCUUCAAUCUUGCUGGGCAUUCACGAUCCAAUCGUACCCUUCGAGAAUCUCAUGUGCGCACUCUUCUUUGGAGGCAUCUGGGAUUCCCUGGCGAGAAUUUUGGGCAAGGGCCAGCCCAAGGAGGGUGAUGCAAAGGAUGCAAAGAAAACAAACUGAAACCAAAGCAUUGCACAAUCAAAACAAACACGUACAAUCAGGCAUGAAGAAUUUUAUAAAUGUGCGGAAGAAUUCUUCAUUCCUGCGUUACGACUGUUUCAACAUACAACGACUCCCAUUUUUUAUUGCAGAUGUUAAGUGAACCAAAAAUAUUUUAAAUAAAAUUGUAAAUAAUC